UAGUCCAAAUAAUUAUGACGUCUGGCAAGGCUAUUUUGAUUUUUUUUCUUGGACGCCUUCCUGCGACCAAAAUAGCCUUGCCAGACGUCAUAAUUAUUUAGACUAGAACAUGGAUCCACAGCCUUUUCUUUUUAAUCUUGUUCCCUCAAAUAAGGCAAUUUAAUAACUGAUAGAUAUCGGAGUAUUGCUCGAAAUUUCCUCAAAACAAGUUUAUUACUGUAGUUAUAAUAAUGGUUAAAACAAAUAAAAAAUGAGCUCAAAUUAAGUACACCUUUUAGGGUGCACUUGACUGGCUCAGCACCACUCCAGAUGUUUGGGAAUUUACAGAAGAUGGCAACAUACCCAGAUCAUGAACAUGAUGAAGAGCAAGAAGAGUCUAUUUUUGAAAUUUUUUUCCAAGACUUGGACGAAACGUUAUCAUAUUGUGAAAAUAUCCCAGAUAACCCUCCAAAUUGUGACAUAGAAUACUUUCGCAACAGAUUGAAAAGUGCAGUGGAUGGCUUAAAUUGUUUAGAAUUUAAUUUAGUUAUAAAUAGAGCUGAUCAGAGCUUAAUUGAGCAAAUUCAAACCCUAUUAUCUUGUCUUCAGCCCCUGAGAGAACAUUGGAGCACGAUAGAUUUUUCUAUGCCAUCUAGUUUCUUGAGCAUUGUUGAUGGAGCAGGAUGUAUUUCAGCGACUGAUAGGCUGGGAAGGCCUCCUGCUUUUAUAUGCACCGACCAAGUGGAAUAUUUGUUUAAAAUUGGUUUUAAGAUAGGUGAAAUAGCCAGAAUGUUCUUAGUGCACAGAACAACACUAUCCCUUACAGAAAUGAAAAGUUUGCUGCAAUAUUGCAACAAUAUAGCGGCAAUAUUGCGGCAAACAAAUUUGUUUGCAAGAAGUGUUUGCAAGAAAGUUGCAGGUUGUUGCAGCUACCUGCAAUAUUCCUGCAAUGUUACUGCAACAAAAUUUGUUUGCAAGAAAAUUGCAGCAAGUUUGCUGCAAUGUUGCAAGAAAGAAUUUGUUUGCCAGAAAGUUGCAGGAACCUUUUCUUUUAUUAUUUAA